UCCAACGUCACUGCAUGUCCCCUCUUCGCGGUUGUUGAUGGAACUUUUUGACCUUUCACGCGUCGAUCUGUUUACUUUGAAUCCCCUUACCUCUACAGCCCGACCUCCCAACACCAAGCACGAUUAUAAGUACGAGAUAAGAGUCACCAAGAUAUUCAAUCGCCUUGAGAAUCGAAGCGCGACACAAUCUCCUCGCAGUAUCCCACAAACAAUUCGUCAACAUGGCCGACGGCAAAGAUUCCCUCCGCCUAGCUCCCGAUGAGUUCAAGCAGCUCGAGGUUCUCCGAAACCGAUUCCAUCAGCUCACUCACAGUUUGAACAGCCUUUUUAAUGAUAUCCAGAGAAGCCAGCCUCUCCCCAGCCAAGAGUCCCUCACAGCCUCAGCAGCCAUCCUCCAAAAGAGUCUCGAAACCAUCCAAAAGCUCGCCGACGAGAAUUCCGAGUUAUUUCAACGCAUCGUCGUCCACCCAUCGACAAACUUCCCUGGCCGCACCCAGGAACACAUCCUUCUGCAACUACUGAGAAAGAAACUCGAGCCGGAAGUCGAGAGCUGGGUCGAAGAUGCGCGUAGCGUAGCAAGGGCCUCCGGCUUGGACCCGAGCAAACUGGCCAGCUCCCAACAGAGGACCAACGGCUACGACGAUGACGACGACGACUACCGAGACGAAGAGGAGGACGCGCCCUCGGAUCCGUUCAACGAACAGUGGGCCGACAUGUUCCAGGUCAGCAUGGACAGUAUCAGAGACUACCUCAUGAACCAAGCGAACGAGCCCUACACGGUCGCCGAGCGCGAAAUGGGCAUUGAGAAUGUACGCACCGGUCUGAAGCGAUCACUGGAGGAGGAGGAGAGCGAAGAAGAAGACGAAGACGAAGAUGAGGAUGAAGACAGACCGCUUGCUGCCGCUGGGCUCGGCAACGUCAAUGCGGCGAAUCUGUUCCAUCCAGAGCAUGUCCUCUGGCUUGCUUCGAGGGGCAAUAUGAAGUUGCCGAAGAAUGUUGACCUGGAGGCUAUACGCAAGAGAGAGAAGCCUAGGGGACGCCCGGCCCCCGCACAAUGAGCGAAAAGAACAAUAUCGUGCCAGUUCCUUGUAGGAUCCAGGACACACCAACGGCAAUUUGUGCGAUCCGCUGCCUUCCAUGG